AUGCCCUGCUGCUACUGCUUGCACAGGCCGUGGAAUGGAGCCCAUCUCGGGUUGCCCGUUAGCGUGGAGGCAUUGACAGGCUCCUCCUAUCCUGUGUCCUUGGGUCGUCGGUUCCUGCGAGCGUCAUCCCCAGAGCGAAAGCCGCUUCCGAAGGAAGAGCUCUCAUGGCUUGCGCACGAGUCUCCUCUGCGGAGCAUGUUUGAUCGCUGCCGCUGGCGACUCAGCCAUUCGGCAAAUGAACCACAGAAUCUUCCACCUAUGAAUAUUGAAUUUGAUGUCCUGGGUUACAAGCUCGCGCCAGUGCCCACCCACUUUUUCAAGGUUGUUUUGGGUGUCAAUCCUAGGGACCUCGAGGAAAACAAGCGAAAUGACAUGCCGCCAAAUAUUGGCCAUGCUCCAGUUGCCUCCAAAAGGGCGACCUGGCCCAAGGGUACUCCCCCUCCAUCUGUGUUUGGGGCGUUCGUUGUGCCAAACAAAGCCAUGCACGGUAAUUUGCGUGCUGAAAGAUUCAGAGUUCCCCUCAGUUUUAUCGAGUUGGUGACAGGCAUUGAUUUUGGAGUUGUAAGGGACAUCAUCGACGUCGCUGAGGGUAAAAGCGUAGAGGAUGUAGUGAGACAGAGAACAUCCCAAGCGCCACGAUCUCUGGAAAGAAGGACAGAGACAGCCCAUUCUGCCUCAGGCCGUUUCAGGGGAACCAUGGCUUUUACUGAAGAAGAGAACGCGCUUGUAGAGGAUGAGCUUAAGCUCUUGAAGUAUGAUAUCUGCUCUGUACUUCACCCGAAGCGUCAGAAGUUCGGCAAAGCUCGGCAGAAGCGAACUUUCUGCAAGUACUCGUGA